UGCUUUCGGUCUUGUUAAAGCAGCUCUGUGGCAAUGACAAGCGUCAGCCUAAAUAUCAGUUGUGAUACCGAUUUAAAACAUUUGAACGCACCAUUAGGAGUCUGCGUUAACAGGAUACCCUGAAGGCAGCACGAAACAUUUCUGAUUGGCCCGUUAGCUGCUGUUGUGACCACGUGAUGCUGAAGAUGGCCGCCUCCGAGGGGACCAACAAUAGUCAGGACAGUAUACUGGAGCCGCUGUGUUUUCCUGAGCAGCCAGCGGACUGCUCCAGUGUGCCCAGUCUGCAGAGUCCCAGCGCGGAGCUGCUGCUGUGUCUGUUCUGCUCCGAGUCCGUCCCUCUGUCGCACAAAGAUGUCCUCCUGAAACACCUGCUGCUGGAGCACAAACUGGUCAUCGCCGACAUCAGACUGAUCGCAAACCUCCCAAAGUACAUGUUGUACUGGAAGGGCAGAUUCCUGGAGCAGCCUGUCGCAGAUUUCUGUAGCGUUAUCAAGACAAACUCCACUGGCCCUGUAGAGAAACAAGAGGACUACUUCCUGCUGUGCGACAUCCUUCCAGAGGACCGGCUCCUCAGAGAGAAGCUCCAGCAGACACGACUGGAGGAGGUGCUGGAGCAGCAGCAGAGGGAGCGGGACGACAGCACCUUCCAUCGUCUCUGCAUGUUCUGCAGCGAGGAGUUCACUGGAAACAGGUCAUCUUUGCUGAACCACAUGGCCAGAGAACACUCCUUCAGCAUCGGACUGCCAGACAACAUCGUGUACUGCAACGAGUUCCUUGACACUCUGCAGAGCAAACUGGACAACCUGCAGUGUUUGUACUGUGAGAAGACCUUCCGAGACAAAACCACGCUGAAGGAUCACAUGAGGAAAAAAGCUCACCGCCGCAUUAAUGCCAGCAACCACGAAUACGACCGCUUCUAUGUCAUCAACUACCUGGAGCUGGGGAAGACCUGGGAGGAGGUGCAGAGCGAAGACGACCGAGAGCUGGUCGACGAGGAGGAUGAUGAUUGGUCGGACUGGCGGGCUCACCCGGUCUCUGCUGUGUGUCUGUUCUGUGAUCAUCAGUCUGAGAUGAUGGAGCACAUCUACACACACAUGAAGGAUGCUCAUGGCUUCGACCUCCAUCAGCUGAGGACAGAACUCGAUCUCAGGUUCUACCAGCAGGUCAAACUGGUGAACUUCAUCCGGCGGCAGAUCCACCAGAGCCGCUGCUACGGCUGCCAGGAGAAGUUCGACAGCAGAGCCGACGUCCUGUGUCACAUCAUGGCUGAAGGCCACGUGAUGAACCUGCCAGAGACGUCAACCUGGGAUCAGCCACAGUAUUACUUCCCCACGUACGAGAACGAUGCCCUCCUGUGCACACUGUCUGACAGCGACCGAGAUGAAAGCGAUGAGGCGACGGGCAGCGAGGACGUCCCGGUGAUCGCAGAGGACAUCUCUAACCUCAGAUCACUGAAACAGAGUAGCAUCCUCAACCAGCUGCUGAAGAACAGAAGCUCGUGCAGCUAGAAUAAUGGAUGGGCAGGUGUCCUCUGUGGAAAACACAUGGGCAGCACGUCUGUGUGGUAUGACAUGCGCUUUAAAGGCCAUCAGAAGCUGUUCCAGAGCUGCAGCUGCAAUUUACACGCUAGUGAGCAGAGAAACAUUUUCUUGCCUCUGAUUUCCACAAAAGCAACAAAGAACUGAAUCAUCUGUUUUUCUUGAAAAUUAGCUCCAAUAAAGGAACAGUCUCUUUCUGUU